UAAGCCGCUUUUCUUCUUCUUUUCUUUCUCUCUUUGGACCACCCCACCGAAGGGCGUGCGCGCUGCAUGCUAUGGAGCGGCUAUUAUCAAACGCCAAGUGGGCUGGCAAGGCUGAAAGAAUGCUUUGUCGACCCCCACCACCACCUCGCGCUGCCGCCACGUUCUUGUCUCAUUUGCCCGCCCCUUGAUUGGCAUCAUCAUUAUCGUCAGCAUCUGCUUCAUCAUCAGCAUUAUCAGCUCCCUGAUCGUACAUACCCAUAAUCGCAUUUCCACCUAGGAGAGCACGUAAAUAAUAGAAGAAGAGGAGGAGAAAGAAGAAGACAAGAAGAAAGAGAAAAAGCAAAAGCAAACACCAGUAGCACCACGACCGCCACGACGCCGCCACCAUGGAGAUCUCACGCAAAGUCAUCAUGUCGCCCUCGUCGUCCAAGAUCAGCGCGACCUUCGAAGUGCAAAAGCCGUCGUACGGCAGCCGCGCAAACCGCAAAGGGCCGCGCAGCGACGCCGACCUAAUCUACACGACGGCGAUAGCGGCGUCGAGCGGGGGCCGGUCGUCGGGCAGCUCGGAAACGUCGUCGACGGCGUCGUCGUCGGGCAAGGAGCAGCAGCACGACGACCACGACGACGCCGACGCCGACGACCCCCCGCGUGAGUACAACGAGGUCAUCUACCUGCUGCCGUAUUACCCCUCGCGCAUCCGCUUCUGGGUCGACGAGCGCGCCGUCGACGACCCCCGCGUCGCGCGCGAACAGAUCCGCGAGGGCAGGAAGGGCGACGCGGCUAAUUGCAGCGUUAUCGAGAUCAGGUUUAUCAGCGCAGAAGAGGACGCCGCCGCCGCAACAGCAGCAGCAAAGCCGCGAGACGCCGCCGCCGCCGCGAGUGAGCAGCACCUCUGGACCUGCGACAUCUAUAUCCCGCCGUCGCGCCUCAUCAACAAGAUCUGGGUGUACCGGGACCCGACGAAGAACAGGCCCGGCUCGCCGCUCCACUCCCACCACCACCACCCGCGCAACCCCUACCAGCAGCACCACUUCCAGCAAGCGGGCUCGGCGCCCGCCGUCGGCGCGCCGCGCCCCAGCACGCAGCCUCAGCAACAGCAACAGCGCAGCAAGCAAGCGUGGGGACGAAUGCUGCCCUCACGCCCCCGAACAACAAGCACGCCCUACGCCGACGCGCCAGCCGUGAUGCCCUUACCACUAGCGCCAGCGCUCGUGCCCGCGCGCUCCUCCUCCCUGCGCUACCCGCUCCAGCAGCGGGCGCUGCCAACGCCGCCCGCGGCCUCGGCCCCGGCCCUCGCGCUGCAGCAGACCCACCGCCCGGACGCGCUGUCCUCGUCGCUGCCCUCGUCCCUGCACAAACACCACCACGCCGCCGACCCGCGCCGCGUCCGCGUCGUCGUCCCCGAGCCCGAGGGCUUCAAGAACAACUACCUCGCCGACAUAUCGCGCCUCGCGUCGCGCAACGGCGCGUUUUGCCUCGUCUCGGACGCGCGCUCGGGCCGUGGGGGCGACGGACGGGCGGGCAACUCGGACGACGACGACGACGACGACGACUACCGCAGCGUCUUCGACGACGAUGACGAUGACGAGGACGCCGCGUCCUUCAGCACCGGCAGCGACAGCGACACCCACAUGGGCGCAGCAGCAGUGCAGCCGCCCACGCGCAAGCUCAGCUUCAAGGACUUUGUGGGGCGGCGCGCGCGCAAGAGCGUCUUCCACACGCAUAGCGGCGGCGGGGGCGCACAUGGCGCGUCGCGCAUCGAUGUCAGUGAGGUGCAGGCGCCGAGACAGGCGGCCGAGUUUGAGAAACCGAGUGUUAUGACCAAGUUGGUUGCCAGGGCGAUUAGGAGGCUGGCGAGGGACGAUAUCCAUUAGUGUGUAGGGGUGGGGUU